AUGGGUAUUCCACCGGAGUGCAUACUGCACGAAUGCCCACCGGCGGACGACGGCAUGGAGAGAUUCGCCUGCCCGACGCCCGACAGACAGGGCAGAUAUCAUUGCAUCGACGACCACGUCCUUUGCGACGGAUUCGUGGACUGCCCGUCGGCGGAAGACGAGGACCGGCAGUCGUGUAUGUUCUAUAAAACGAUGAAAUUCAUAACAGGCAUAAAAGCUAAUCCUGAUCAAGUCACGUUAAUUAACAUACUCCACGAUGAUAAAUACGCUUAA